AUGGACGUCCCGGCGGCGCGGCACCGCGUAACGGCGGCGCGAGGACGAAUCUCGCGUAUCGAGGUGGAGAACUUUAAGUCGUACAAAGGACAGCACGUGAUCGGGCCGUUCAAGACGUUUACGAGCGUUAUUGGACCAAACGGCAGCGGCAAGUCGAAUCUCAUGGACGCGAUCUCGUUCGUGCUCGGGGUGCGAAGCGCACAGCUGCGAGGGACGACGUUUAAGGAUUUGAUAUAUACGGUUGAUCUGGCGGACGCGAGCGAGAACCGCAGGAGCGCGCGGGUGACGCUGACGUACGAGCCAGAGGGCGAGCCGGAGGUGGACUUUUCGAGAGUCAUCGAACAGAGCGGCGCGACGCACUACCAGAUCGAUGGCGAGCGCAUGACGGUGGAUAAUUACAACGAUCGAUUGAAGUCCUACGGUAUUCUGGUCAAGGCAAGGAACUUUCUCGUUUACCAAGGGGAUAUCGAGGCGGUGGCGCAAAAGACGCCGAAGGAGUUGACGAUGCUCAUCGAACAAAUUUCUGGCUCGGAUGAGUUGGCGGAAAAGUACUCAAUGUGCGAAGAGGCGAAGUCACGAACUGAGGACGAGGCUCAUACUAGCUUCACGAAGAAGAAGGCGCUGAUGACGCAAAGGAAGCAGAUGAAGGAACAGAAGGAAGAGGCGGAGAAGCACUUGGCGCUAUUGGAACGACACAAGCAGAUGAGGGUCGAAGCCACGCUCUUCAAACUAUACCACAUCGAUGCUGACAUUGAACGUGUACGCGACUCAAUCAAGAACACUCGCGAGGUUCGUGACGAGCACGUCGCGGCGACUGCGGCAUCCACCACACAAUACGAUACGAAGAAGAAGGAAAAAAUGGAAAAGGACAAGUUGCACAUGACGUUGGCUCGUAAGAUCGAAACCAUGAACAAAAAGAUCUCUACGCAUGCGCCUCGUCUGAAUCAGAUUAAGGAAGAGCAAACACGUGUACGAAAAAAGCUCGAACUGGGACAGGCUAAGCUCGCCAAGUCAAAGCGCGAUGCGAGCGAACAGGCAAAGGAGAUAGCCACCAUGGAACAACACUUGGCGAGAAUCGAUGACGCCGAGGCUCUGUUUGAUCAGGAGCAAGAACGUCGCCUCAAUCAGGAUUCCAAAUUUGAGUUGACGCCCGAGCAACUUACCGAGUACAACACGAAGAAAAUGGAAGCCGGUGCCGCCACGGUAACGUUGAAGACGGAGCGCGACCAACUUGUAUCCCAGCUCAGUACGGAUGAGGAGGCUGUGACUCGGCUAUCGAGCAAGGUUUCCGAGCUUCAGUCUCGACUUUCUUUCCUCGAAGAGCAAGAAGAGCGCGAGACCGAUCGUUUGGCGACGAUGAAUCAGACUGAGACGGUGAACAUGGGCGAGCUCCAGAAGAUUGAAAAGAAAUUGAAGGACGUUGCCGAGGAGAAGCGAACCGUGCGCAGUCGUCAAGAGCUAUUGAAGGGCAAGAUCGAAGCGCUCAACGCCAAACUCCGUGAAGCAAAGGCCGAUCGCAAACAAAACGAGCGCGAAGCCAAGUCAAUGGAGGCGAUAGCUUCCAUGAAGCGCUUGUUUGGUCCCAGCGUGCACGGACGACUUACCGAGCUCAUCAAGGUCUCCCAGAAGAAGUACGAGCUCGCCGUCAUCACGGUCCUUGGUCGCGAGGCCGACGCCGUUGUGGUAGAUGACGCCAAAACUGCAAAAAACUGUAUCCAGUACCUGAAGGAGCAGCGUAUUCCAUCCAUGCAGUUCAUCCCUCUGAAGGAAAUCAAGGUACAGGCCAUCAACGAGCGUUUACGUCACCUCGGAGGGAGCGCGCGACUUGUGGUCGACAUUCUUCAAUUCGACAAAUCUCGCGAGCGAGCGAUUCUGUUCGCGUGUGGUGAUACUGUUGUGUGCGACUCGCAUGCAGAGGCGAAAAAACUGGCGUUCGGUGGUGCGCAGCGAAUCAAGUGCGUCUCACUGGAUGGUACUCUCGUUGACAAGAGCGGUCGUCUCACCGGUGGCUCGUCUGCGGGUCUGACCGAGAAAGCGAACCGAUUUAGUCGAGCCGACGUGGAGAGUACUCGGCAAGAAAAGGUCAAAUUAGAAGACGAGCUGGCGAAGAUGAAGAGCUUGACUACUUUGAUGUUGGAAGAGCAGCAAAUCAUCACCGAGAAGACGACGAUUGAAAAAGACACACAGUUCUUGCAAGCCGACAUGAAGGCGCUGAAGGGUAAACUUGACAAGUUGGUGCGCGACAAGGAUGUGAUAGUGAAAUCUCUCGAGGAACUCAAUCCUUCUCUUGAGAAGUCGAAGAAGGCGAGUGAAGAGGGUUCGGCCAAGGUUGCGGCGCUUGAUGAAAAAAUCCACGCCAUUGUGGAUGAAAUCUAUGCCUCGUUUGUCAAGAAGCUCAAGAUCGCGAACAUUCGCGUCUACGAGAACGAGCACCUGAUGCGCAAACAAAAGCAAGCCGAGGAGAAAGCCAAGUUCUCAUCACAGCGCUCGAAAUGGCGGGAGCAGUUGAACUAUGAGAAGAGUCGUGACACCACCGGUCCAGUUAAGACCAACGAAGGCAUGAUCGCGAGAUACCAAGCUGAACUUGCUGAGCUUGAGACUUCGGUGUCAACCGCAGCAAAGGAUCUAGAUGAAACGAAAGCAAAACUCGCCGAAAUGGCGACCGAGCAUCAACAAGCCAAGGCUCAAGCUAAGGCGCUCGAGAGUGAACUCACUGUGCUUCGCACUCAUAGCGCGCAGGCGCUUGAGGAAACGGCUCGUCUUGAGAAGCAAAUCUCUUCUCACGAGAACGCUAUCGUCGCUCAGCUCGAAAACCGGCGCGAAAUCGUUCUCGGCGCCUCUAUGGAACAGCUCGUGCUUCCAAGAGCGCUUGCGCUCGGUGCCGGUGGAGACCAGGACGCCAUGGAAGUUGACGCCGAACCAUCCACGACGGAUGCGAACGUCGUGCUCGACUAUUCAAACUUGUCUAGCGAUUUGAAGACGAUCGGCAAAGAUCAACGUCCUGCCAAAGAAAAUGAACUGCGAAUCGAGAUCGAGCAAAAUGCUCUGGAACUUCAGAAGAUUGAACCGAACAUGAAGGCGCUUGAACAAUACGAGCAAAUCAAGGAAAAAGAACGGUUGCAAACGUUAGAAUUAGAGGCUGCGAAGGAUCGAGUGAAGGAAGCGACGGAUGCCUUCGAGGAGGUCCGAACUCUUCGUCGAUCGAUCUUCCUCGAGGCGUUCCAGCACAUGGCUGAUUCUAUCGACGUGCUCUACAAGGAACUGACGCGUAGCUCAAGCCACCCUCUCGGCGGUCAGGCAUAUUUGAGCCUGGAGAACAACGAAAACCCUUUCUUGCACGGCGUCAACUUCACCGCCAUGCCACCGACGAAACGUUUCCGUGAGAUGGAUCAGCUCUCCGGUGGUGAGAAAACCAUCGCCUCCAUCGCGCUCCUUUUCUCCAUUCACUCGUACAGAAGUGCGCCGUUCUUUGUUCUGGAUGAAGUCGACGCCGCUCUGGACAAGGUGAACGUUGAGAAACUCGCGGCGUUUAUGGCCGCGCGCUCGCACGGCAAGAAUGGAAAGAAUGGUACGCAAUCCAUCGUGAUUUCAUUGAAGGAUUACUUCUACGACAAGGCGGACGCGCUCAUUGGUGUCACCCGAGACGUCUCUCAGGCGUGCUCAAAGGUGCUUACGUUCGAUCUGACUCGAUACGACUAA